GUCUUCAGGACAAACGAAGUAUGGCCAAGUGGGAUAGCUUUCUCGAUCAACAGGAGGACACCGAUAACUGUUCAGAAUCUGUGAAGUUUGAUGCUCGAUCAAUGACAGCUUUGUUGCCUCUGAAUUCUAAAAAUGGCCCUGCCCUUGAAGAGAAACUGAAGUCCUUCAAAGCUGCGCUGGUUGUUCUUUAUCUCCUUGUGUUUAUAAUACUCAUCCCCAUCCUUGGGGUCGUGGCAGCUCAGCUCCUAAAGUGGGAAAGGAAGAACUGCGCAGCUGGUUCGGUGAAUGCCAGCGACACACCGCAGAGUCCCAUGGGAAGAGGAAAUGACAGCGAAGAUGAUAUAAAAUUUCGAGAAGUUGUCACGGAAAACAUGAGCAGCAUGGAGAAGAGAAUCCAGUAUAUUUCGGAUACACAAGCCAAUCUCAUAGAUUCAGAGCAUUUCCAAAAUUUCAGCGUGAUGACUGACCAAAGAUUUAAUGAUGUGCUUUUCCAGCUGAAUACCACGGUUUCCUCAGUCCAGGAACAUGAAAACGAAGUAGAUGGCAUCUCCCAGUCAUUAAUAAGUCUGAACACCACGUUGCUUGCUUUGCAGCUCAGUAUUGAAACGCUGAAUGGCAAGGUCCAAGAGAAUGCAUUUAAACAUCAAGAGGAGAUGCGUAGACUGCAGGAGCGUGUGCAGAAUACAUCAGCAGAAAUUAUGUCUAUGAAAGAAAAACAAGCGCGCUUGGAGCAGGAAAUAAAAGGAGAAAUGAAACUACUGAAUAACAUCACGAAUGAUCUCAGGCUGAAAGAUUGGGAACAUUCUCAGGCACUGAAAAAUAUCACGUUAAUUCAAGGCCCUCCUGGACCCCCAGGUGAAAAGGGCGAUAGAGGCCUCAUUGGAGAAGCUGGUCCACCAGGCAUCCCAGGCCCAGUAGGUGCACCAGGUCUUAAAGGUGACCGGGGAGCUAUUGGCUUUCCUGGAAGUCGAGGAUUCUCAGGACCCGCGGGGAAGGCUGGGCGGCCAGGAAACCCUGGACAAAAAGGCCAGAAGGGAGAAAAAGGGAGCAGAAGCAUGCCAUCUCCGCCUCAGAAAGUUCGGCUGGUUGGUGGUAGUGGCCCUCACGAAGGCAGAGUGGAGAUUUUCCAUGAGGGCCAGUGGGGCACAGUUUGUGAUGACCACUGGGAGCUGCGCAACGGACAGGUCAUCUGCAGGAGUUUGGGAUACCCAGGCGUCCGAAAUGUGCACAAGGGAGCUAGAUUUGGACAAGGUAUUGGUCCGAUAUGGCUGAAUGAAGUAUUUUGUUUUGGGAGAGAAUCGUCUAUUGAAGGCUGUAAAAUUCGGCAGUGGGGCGUGAGAGCCUGUUCACAUGCAGAAGACGCUGGAGUCACUUGCACUUUAUGACGUAUCAUGUUUCAUUCACAUUGAUGAAAUCGUUGCACAAUGAUUUUUAUUACUUUGCUCCAUUCAAAUCAACAUAAUGGAUAUUUAAGAGAUUAAGAAUAUUGUCCAAAAAUAAGGAAUAUUUUUAAAAAUCACUGGAUAAACAUAUUGAAGACCUUCAUACUUACUGUAUGCCUGUUUUUGAACCAUUUUAACACUUAGAUUGUCAAAUAGAAUUUUAUAAGGAUGUAUAUAUUGAAUUGAAUAUCUUCAAGUUUAAGGCUUCUAGAUUACAAAUGUCAGUAAUAAUAGAAACAAAUUUUAACCAAUGCCUCCAAUUUAUAUCUUUACCACAAGAUUACAAACUUUUUUUCAUUUUUGACUUAUU